CAGUUGAAAUAGAGGCGGACCUGUACUCGGCGCACCCUAAACUCGGUGAAGUUCGUAAACGAACUCGGUAAAGUUCGAAACAAUAAUUUUGCCGUUUAAUGAUUGGCUAAUAUUAACGAAUGAAAAUUUAGCACAAAAGUUUUAAUUCGCGCUUCAAAAGCCAAUUUUAUUACCGCCUCUAAAAUAAGUAAGAUGACACCUUUAGCUGAGUUCAUUGAAAGUAUCAAAGAAGAAAAAUUGGUUGAUUUUUUGCAACAAAAAAGGCUAAUGCCACUUCAAAAACUUUGUCUAUGCGGUCAAAGGAUGCUUGUGCAAAAUUAUGAACGUUGUCAAGAAAAACAUAUUUGGCGAUGUAACACUUGCAAAAAGACGAAGUCAAUUCGAGCAGGAUUUUUUGAAAGCUCUACAUCUUUAAGUGUAAGUCUGAUACUUCAAUUAAUGUUUUUAUGGAUCCUGGAGGUCCCUGUAACCGCUGCAUCUGAGGUAGUAGGUGUAAACGAAAAAACCUCAAUUCAGUGGUAUCAAUACUUCCGGGACAUUUGUUCAUUUAAAACUAUGGAUGUUGCUGCUGCUAAUCAAUUAGGUGGUCCAGGGCUCAUUGUAGAAAUAGAUGAAUCUUUAUUUUUUAAACGAAAAUAUAAUGUUGGGCAUAACGUUGAAAAACAUUGGAUUUUUGGGGCAUUUGAUGUAACUAGUAAGAAAGGAUACUUAAGAAGGGUAGAGGAUCGAACAGCUCAGACAUUAGUGCCAAUAAUUCAACAAUGGGUUGCACCUGGAUCAAUAAUACAUUCAGAUCAGUGGGCUUCUUAUACUAAUUUAAAUAACUUAGGUUACAAUCAUUUCACUGUAAACCAUACAAUAAACUUUGUUGAUCCUGACACUGGAGCAACAACAAAUCAUGUUGAGUCGUUUUGGUAUCCUCUGUAAUGUAAAAUAAGUA